UGGUGGCAUGGCGUCCGGAGGUGGCUCCCUGGGCCUCAUAGCCUGCCUCUUGCUGCUUCAGCCAAAGCCCUGUGAGGCCAGGGCAGCUGCCUCUGUACACUCUACUACCAGUUUCUCCUCGGGGCUCACUGAAGCUCCUAGAGAAAACCCACCGCUACCCACUAAGGUGCGCACGACCAAGAGGCCUACCACCCGCUCUCUUUUCGCGAUGUUUUCCUUAGUGUGUGGCCAGCCCUUUAUGAAGAUCAUGGGAGGGGUGGACGCUGAAGAGGGAAAGUGGCCCUGGCAGGUGAGCGUUCGGGUCAGACACAUGCACGUCUGCGGAGGUUCCCUCAUCAAUUCCCAAUGGGUGCUUACUGCAGCCCAUUGUAUUUACAGCCGAAUCGAAUACAACGUCAAGAUGGGCGAUCGGAGCGUCUACCGGCAAAACACAAGUCUGGUGAUUCCCAUACAGAACAUCUUUGUCCACCCAAAGUUCUCAACAGCAAUCGUGGUUAAAAAUGAUAUUGCCCUUCUCAAGCUCCGACACCCCGUGAAUUUCACCGCUAACAUCUAUCCUGUCUGCAUCCCUUCAGAGACUUUUCAUGUUAAAGCUGGAACCAAAUGCUGGGUCACAGGAUGGGGCAAACCAGAUCCAGGUGCACCAGAAGUUCCAACAGAAAUUCUCCAGGAGGUGGAGCAAAAUGUCAUCCUUUACGAGGAAUGUAAUGAGAUGCUGAAGAAAGCUACAUCGCGUUCUACUGAUAUAGUUAAGAGAGGCAUGAUCUGUGCCUAUAAAGAACAGGGAAAGGAUGCUUGCCAGGGAGAUUCUGGAGGCCCAUUAUCCUGUGAAUUGGACAACAGAUGGGUGCAGGUAGGAGUUGUGAGCUGGGGCAUCAGUUGUGGUCGCCGAGGAUAUCCUGGAGUUUAUACAGACGUUGCCUUCUACAGCAAGUGGCUAAUUGCCGUGGUGAACCAGGCUGCUUGUUUGCAUCCAGUGGUCUUCCCCAUCUUACUGCUGUGUUUGCUAACCUUGUGACAUCCUGAGGACAUGGUGACGGCUCAUCUCAUUCCCGUCUGCUUUCAGAGCCCCUCUCGUUUGACCUUCCCAAUGCCCUUUCUUCAAAUCCCAUUUGGGAUCCCUUGCCCCAGAAGAGAGCCACAGUGAAAUAUGUGGGGGAUCUGAGAGACUUUAAAGUGUUCUGCCGGGUCACCAUCUUUGGCCACACUACUCCUGAGUUGUGCUCUGCCUGGCAGUGACAAAGGUUAGUCAGUUUCAGAGGGCAAACUGCCUUGCCAGGUAAAGGACAGUGACCUUGGCAAGGAUGUCAUCAGGGGAGGAGCAAGUGCUGGAUGUGGCUGUGGUUUCAGGGCUCUUACCUCAGACUCUGUCAUGUUAGAGCUAGCUCUGUGAUGAGAGAGAGAGAGAGAGAGAGAGAGAGAGAGAGAGAGAGAGAGAGAGGAGAGACCUUGUGUCCUAACUAUAAUUGUUUUCUCUAUACACUACAUCUAUGACUUUUUGAGGUUACAUUUCUUAUAGAAUGUAAUUUGCAACCAUGUUCAAAGAUAAAGCGAAA